AUGCAGAUCAUUAAGCCCCUUUUCGCGCUCUUCUGUGCGCACCUCGCCAUCGCAUCCCCCAUUACUACCAAUGGGCAUCCCUCUGUUGAGCUCACUGAGCGCGCCCCUCCUCCACCAAGCGAUGCUCUCAAGAAGUGGAACGAUGAGAAAGGCGUUCCUGGAAACGCGCUGACGGAGGGCUUGCAUAUUUUCAAAGCCAAGUACCCACGUGAUGAGGUCAAAGACCAAGGUCUGUCAGAUCUUAUCAAAGAGGCACGUAACUUCUUGGAUGCAAACCACUAUGUCCUGGUGUCCGUCGAGGUCAAGCAAAAGGAGCGAGGCCCGCCCAAGAAGAAGGAGAAGUAUCUCGAUGUCGGCGACGUCAAGUUCUUCGACAUCGCCGUCGAUAAGGACGGCAAGGUCAAGUCGAACAAGGAGGGCGCAACCUAUAAUUUUGCCAAGGCCGAAGAAGAUAAGGUUGAGCACCAGUACCUGAAGAAACUGGGUGGCAAGGUUAAAAGCUUCACUGGGAUCACCCCCGUUGGCAAGGAGUAUGUUUCACAGCACGAAACAUAUGACCCUAAGACGAACAACUGCAUGACAUUUGUGGAUGAGGUCGCCAAGGAUCUCAACUGA